UACAUUUAGUACACUGUUCUUGGGGGGAUUUGUUUUGAUCAGUUACAUGAUUUCUCAGUAUAAACAAGCAUGAGGUAUUGUUCAGUGUUAAAUUGUAACACGGAUCAGACAAACAAGAUAAGAUUUCAUUCUUUUCCAAAAGAUGAAAAGUUAAAAAAAAACGUAGAGUACCUUUACAGGAAGGCCAGGUUUCUGGACUCAGGGAAAAUUUAGUGUUGUCUGUGCGAAACAUUUGGAAAACAAAUACGUUUCCGGACGAAAUUUAAUUUAUAACGCUGUUCCCAGUCUCCAUCCUAUCCACCAUCCACAUCAACAGGAACUGCUAGAUAAUGGAGAGGACAUUCUUCUGAGUCAUGAACAGCCUAGCGCUGUUCCCACUUGGAGUAAUUCUGCUCUCCCUCAGAAAAGUUCUGUUCUCCUACAGAGGAGUUCUGAUAUACCUCAGAGUAGCUCUUUUCCUGCUGAGCCAGGAUGGAUAGUGUCAGGAUGGUUGAGAUUGAUAAGAACGGAACCCUCCUCCUCUACUCAGUUCCAUCGAACCAGUUAAACAUGAGUUGUGUAUCAAACCCUGAUGCUUCCCCUUCCCCUGGUCUUCUUGCUGGAAUCAUUAUAUCAGUUGGAGUAACAGGAAUAUUUCUUAAUGGAGUAGUUAUUAUUGGAGUCAGAGGAAAUCCUAAACUGACAACAUCAAUAAACCAUCUUCUAAUCUGGAUCUGUUGUUUCUGUUUACUUGAAUCCACUCUAGGAGUAGCGGUUAAAGCAUUGAUAUUACAAGGAACUGUGUCUAGUCUAGUGGAUCGACGCUAUAUAUCAAUGGUUUGUAAAUCUUUUAUAUCACUUCCCUUCAUGUUUUCCAACUGCAGCAACAUUAUGUGGACCCUGAUAUCUGUGUACAGACUGUACCUGGUAGUAAGAUCAGUGCAAGGUAAACCUCCUCCGGCAAAGAAGAUUAGAACAACUCUGACCCAUCUUCUACCAGCUAUAGCCAUAGUUGUAUCUGGCGCUACUGCUGCCAUGGGAGCUCGUUGGUCCGAACCCUUUUUGCUCUACAGGCUCUGCAGGGGUACAUGUGAUUCCUUUAACUCAGAGAAGGAAUAUGUAGCAAUCUUCUACCAGGUUAUCCCUGCCCUACUAUUUUAUCUCCCUGCUGGAGGAAGCUAUGCUGCAAUAUUUAUUCUAGUAAGUAGAGCCAGCAGCAAUAACCAGGCUCGACAGAGUGUAUGUGCUGGUAGAUCAGGAUAUUUAACUGCAGAUCCUGCUUCAAGAUUAACAUCAAACUUUGAACAGGAGCAGUACUGUACUCCACAGACAAAACGAAAAUCAUUUCAAUAUUUUCCUCGCCAGAAAUCCGUCCAGGAAGUUACAGAUACGGAAACAAUCCGGAGAAAAUCUCUUGAAAAUAAUUCUCUAAUCAAUCCUCAAAGGCGGAGACCAUUGCGCCCUCAAAGAUCAUUUGACAGGAUCCCAAAAAAACUUUGGAAUAAAAGGUCUCUUGAAGGAAAAACUCCUAAACCUUUUUGCAGUAUUGAAGAUGAUGGUGUGUGUAGUGAGGUAUACCCGGAGUAUAGGAGAGAAGAUGAAGCUAACAACCAAGGGAUAAAAGGUAUUCUCAAGGUUGGAAACUCUUGUAUCAGUCCCUUUAAUAAACGGAAAUCUAUGUCUAUCGAACAAGGAUCUCAUGGAUUAAACCAUUCAGCCUUGAAACGAGGUUCUCUUCUUCUCCCACCAGAACCUCUAAUAGAUUCACCAAGGUUUGACAGAAAAUCACUAAAACUACCAUCAAGCACGGAGGAAACAAAUUUUCCUCAUGAUUUCAGUGUGAAAUCUGCUUUGAAACAAGUCGCUGCUCGUACUCCACAGUUUAUCCGACGAUCCUUCCAGGCAGGUUUAGGUUCGUAUUCUCCUAGAGGUUCAGAGGAAAGUAUUGACUCCCGGCUUCAAAACCAGGACUCCGACACCUCAAACCCUCCUUCUCCUAGAUUUCGAAGAUAUCUUAGUACUGGUGACUGCAAUAAUCCUCCACUGAGGAUGCGACCUCUUCUUAAAAACCUUCAUUCCUCUCUACGUCCUCGUCUUAGUACAAUCAGUAAUGCAAGCUGUGAGGGAGUUAGAAACAUACUAGGCGGUCCAAGAAAGAAACAGAAUCGGAAUAUAAUCUCUGCUCGUCUUUCGUUUCUCUUCCUUGUUAUGAUGUUCUUCUCUGGUAUCCUCCUGAAUAUAACCUACAACCAAAUACCAUCUCUCCAGGACUGGAGUGUUGAGUUCCGAGUAUUUCUAAACAGUUUAUGCAUCGACAUCAUGUUAGUUGUUGUGUCACCUCUUCUUCUACUUUAUUCAUCUUUAGAGCUCAGGUUAAGUAUUAAAAAGAUAAUAAAGCGCCGAGUUCUCUGCAGAAAGCUGGAUUAAACAAAAUGUAUUGUAUAAUUGAUAAAUUGAUGUAGCAUUAGACGUUUCUGAUUGAAUAAUAAAUUGUAAAAGAGAA